AUGGCGUUGUCCUGGUGCCCGCAGCUCGAUCGGGGCACGAUGGAGCAGUCAGGAGAGAACACGAACGAGGACGUGAAGAAGGAGGCGCCCGGGGACGCCAUUUCGAUCAAGGUUAAAGACCAGAGCGGUGGCGAGGUGGUGUUCCGGGUAAAGGGACACACCAAGUUUGAGAAAAUCAUCAACGCUUUCUGCCAGAAGAAGUCUGUGGACCCUGCACAGGUGCGGUUUGUGUAUGACGGCAACCGGGUGAACCCACAGGCCACGCCAGAUUCAAUGGAGAUGGAGGAGGGAGAUACCAUCGAUGCUUUCCUAGAGCAAGUGGGCGGCGGCAGCAGCGUGCGCAGCGCGUGCUGA